UCGGCUGUCUGUCCAGGCUUGCUUUGCAGCCCAAGUGGGAAAUGCUCGAUUUUAAGCUUUUAAGGAUUUAGACUCCGCGCGUAUCUCCCCCUUUGCUGCCGCCGUCCCUCUUUCUUUCCCUGCAAACCAUUGCCACGCAACAACCGGAGUACAGCUACAGUAUACACUCGACGCAAAGCUACCGUCGCCAACGCUCAACGCUCUCCCGGCAGCACUAGUAGUGGACCAGUCUUGGUAGCGUAGCCGCCGUCAUGAAUCGCCGGUCGUCCCACGAGGAACUCCCAGUGGCCGGUCCUCCGCUCGCUGAACCCCCAGUGCAACCGCUGCCCAACCUAAACUUACAGUUCGUCCAACCGACUUUGCCACCACAAGCGCCGGGAACCCAGUCCCCACUCCAACGCCACAAUUCCGUACCUAUCGAACCUCAACCCCAUGCGACGAUACCCAUGCCCAGCCCUCCAACGGGGACGAAUACGCACCGACCGCUGGAGUGGAUACACCAUACCAGCACGAUGGGGACAAAUAUCGAGGACCUACCCAAAUGGAGGCGAAAGUUGCACCGGUUUCGGCGUCGGCACGCUACAUAUUACCGGCUGCACAUGGUAUGGAUGGUCACCGUCGCCCUGCUAGGCUCGAUCGUGAUCCACUACACGACGUCGGCCGAAACAACGUACAUCGACGCGCUGUAUUGGGCCUCAACCGCCCACUUCGUUGUCGGCCUCGCCCCGGCAGACAUCGAAACCCUCUCCCGGUUCGGCCAAGUCACCAUGUGGUUCCUGGCCCUCAUCGGCUCGCCCGUGUUCAUGUCCCUCAUCCCCGUCAUCAUCCGCCGACGCGCCUUCAAGAAGGUCCUCCUACAGGAAUUUGGUGUCACUCGCGCGGGGAAACUGAGGCGGAAGGGCGGGGAUGCGAGGGAGGAUGUGGAUUUGAGUGAUUUUGCGCUCGAGCGGACGAUGACCGGGCAGGUGGAUGAUAAUGGGAUUUAUGAGGAAUUCGACACGCAUCGCGGGAGUGGGAGUGGGAAUCCAUGGUUUUCAAAGGUGGAUUUGCGGAGGUUGCCGAAGAGGGCGGAGAGUAGUGGUGGUGGAAAGGGGUUCCCGAAAGGCCUGGACUUGUGGCCAACGACACCGAAGGUGGCCGAUGCCUCCACGCCCGGAGAGGUCCUUACUGAAUCGCCUGUCAGUGUCGCAUCGCAGCCGCCGGAUAUAGAAGGGGAGCAUAUCGAGAUGGUCCAAUCGCCUCAGCCGAUGGAGACGGAACCUAAAGGGAUCUUACUACCCGAACGGACUCACGACACGUUGGUAGAUGCGGGUCAGUCGACGAUUCAGAGGAGACGAAACGGUGCCGACGAAAUCAAGUUCGCGACUGAACCCACGGGUGAACCCACGGUCAACAAGAACCCUCCACCCGGGCAGCCUUUCGUCCGAACCCAGUCCAACGCGGCAUCGUUACUCGUCCCGGACAAACACGUGCUUGAACAAGUCGGAGGCGUCGAGUAUCGCGCUCUCCAAUCCCUAGAGACCCUCAUUCCAGCAUUCUACUUUGGCACGCAACUCCUCGUCUUCCUCUUCAUCCGCACCUACCUCCACCUCCGCCCCGCGCUCUCCGCGCGGAUCUCCUCCACCGUCUCUCCGUGGUGGUUCUCCCUCUUCAACGCCGUGUCGACCUUCAACCAGGUCGGGAUCACCCUCCUCAACGACGGCGCGACAUCGUUCGGCAAUGAGCCGGUGCUGAUGGCGUUCUUGUGCAUCCCGCUGGUGAUUGGGAACACGGGGUUUCCGGUGAUGUUGCGGGUGCUGAUCUGGGCGUUGGAGAGGUUUGCGGAGUGGAGGGGGGACGCGAAUCGCGCGAGGGUGUAUCGGUAUCUGUUGAAAUAUCCGCGGCGGUGCUUCACCAACCUCUUCGACCACCGCCAAACCCUCUUCCUCGUCUGCACCCUCCUGUUCCUCAACCUCCUCCAAUUCGCAUGCUCCCUCGCGCUCGACAUGACCGACCCGGCGUUCGACGGCGUGUCCCGCUUCGUCCAUUUCUUCCAGUCGGUGGCAACGCGGAACGGCGGGUUUCAGGUCGUCGGGUUUGCCGGGUUGCAUCCGGCGAUGUUGUGGGUGUAUGUUGGGAUGAUGUACCUCUCCUCCACGUACCCGGUCUCGGUCACCAUCCGUCGGACAACAAACACAUCGUACAACCACCGCGAGCUCGUCCGCUCCUCCACCCAAUCCUCCGCCACCUCCUUCUCGUCCCCGCCAACCAAGCCCAAACCCACCGAGUCCUCCAUCGCGCAGAUGCGGCUGCUGAUGCUGAACGACAUCGUGUCGAUCUUUGCAAUCAUCUUCUUGAUAUUGGUGUUUGAGGACGCGGCGGUCGGGAGACAGGGCGGGGAGGGUGAAGGCGGCCGGUUUACGAUGUUUGCGUUGGUGUUUGAGGUGGUGAGCGCGUACGGGAACGUCGGAUACUCCCUGGGCACGCCCACGCACCUGUUCUCGCUCUCGGGGACGUGGACGACGGCGUCGAAGCUCGCGAUCAUCGCGGCGAUGUGUCUCGGGCGGCACCGCGGGCUGCCGUCGGCGGUGGACCAGACGGUGCGGCUGCCGACGCGGAAGGCGGUCACGCGCACGCGGGUGGUGGAGCGGGAGACCGGGCGGGAGGUCGGG